AUGGUGGAGAACAUGUCUCACUGCGAUGGUCUACUGCUCUUCGUCACGAGAAGCAAUUAUUUUGUUUCGAACCCUUUUUUGAAACAAGCAAGACGGAUCAGAUUCGGCCAUGGAUUCUACAGUCCGAUGGAUGCGUAUGGUCUUGGAUACAUUAGUAAUCAAUCGUCAUCGUUAAGCUGUAAUGAUUACAGAAUGGUUAGGUUUAGAUGUGGCGCCUCUGAUAAAGGUUCAAGGAUUGAAGUCUACGAAUUCAGUUCUGAUCGUUGGAGGGUUGUUGCUGAUAAAAGCUUUGAUAGGUUCUCAGAAUUACCAGAGUCGAGUGUGUGUCUGAGAGGAACUCCUUAUUGGAUUGGGUAUCUAAAUGGCAAAACUUUUUCGACCAUACAGAGUUUCGAUUUCGAAAAAGAGAGAUUCGAGACCUUGUUUCUUCCUCCUUCGUCCAUUGGGUCAUCAAAGCUGGGAAAUUCUCUUGCUUUAGGGGUUUUCAGAGGAGAUCAACUUUCUCUGUUACACAAAUCCCGCGUAACGGGUAAGAUACACCUGUGGGUGAUGAAGAAGCAUUGGAGCAAGCUGAUGAGAAUCGCUAUACCUGAAGUGGCAAUGUUUCCUAAGUUCUCGAGUUACUUCAUUGAUAACAACGGUAAGCUUGUGCUACUGAACCGUGGCUUAAGGUCUAUUAACAUUUGCAUUGUGGGAAAAGGUGGUGAUGAGUGCCAAAACGUUCAAUGUUCUGAUUUGGUUCCUUCAAUUGGUGGUUCUGCUUGCUACUAUGUUCCGAGCUUGCUUCAAGUUCCAGGUUUUGUCGAGGCGACAAGAAGAAGUUAG